CGGAGUUCAACCAAUCAUAUGACGUCGAGAUCAGGUUGCCAGGCAGAUUAUGCUAAUAAGGCCCCGCCUUUUAUGCUGCUCCCACUCUGCGGCGGGAAGAACCACCUGGAGGUGGCGGGGGGGGUUUGAUUUCCAUCACCCCUAGGGAGAGAGGAUCGGGGACCCGCUGAUCUUCCAGCUCCCCUCACCCAACGUCGUGCACGUUGCAGAGAGGUCUUUCUGUCCUUCAUGAACACGUGCGUGGUGGACAGAUGACUGUCCCCCACCCUGUGCUGUUCUAGGUGCCCUGGACGUGGAGCUGUCCAGUAGGGGGAAGGAUGGAUUCCAAAGAUGACAGCUCACACGUGUGGUCUACAUCUGCAGAACAUGAAGAGAAUGCUGCACAGGUGAAGAGUGGCCUUUCCAGCUUGGUGCACUUUGUUCCUGACGCUGGAACUGUGGCUCAGAUUGUCUACACCGAUGACCAGGUUCGUCCACCCCAGCAGGUGGUAUACACGGCAGAUGGUGCCUCCUACGCUUCAGUGGACGGUCCUGAGCAUACGCUGGUGUACAUCCAUCCUGUGGAAGCUGCACAGACUCUGUUUACAGACCCAGGGCAGGUAGCUUAUGUCCAGCAGGAUGCUACAGCUCAGCAGGCCUCAUUACCGGUGCAUAACCAGGUGUUACCUUCAAUUGAGGGUGUGGACGGUUCAGACCCUUUGGCAACACUGCAGAACCCUAUGGGUAGACUGGAGGCCAAAGAGGAAGAGGAUGAGGAUGAGGACGAAGAUACUGAGGAAGAAGAGGAGGAGGAUGGUGAAGACACAGACCUGGAUGACUGGGAACCGGAUCCGCCUCGGCCCUUUGACCCGCAUGACUUAUGGUGUGAAGAGUGUAAUAACGCUCAUUCUUCAGUGUGCCCAAAGCAUGGCCCUUUGCAUCCAAUCCCCAAUCGGCCUGUGCUCACUAGAGCGCGAGCGAGCCUCCCCCUGGUCCUCUACAUCGACAGGUUCCUUGGAGGGGUGUUCUCCAAAAGGCGCAUUCCCAAGCGCACCCAGUUUGGCCCUGUGGAGGGACCCCUCGUCAGGGAGUCCGAGCUGAAAGACUGUUACAUUCAUCUGAAGGUUUCUCUUGAGAAAGGGGACAGAAAAGACAGGGAUUUGCAUGAAGACCUGUGGUUUGAAUUGUCUGAUGAGACCCUAUGUAACUGGAUGAUGUUCGUACGUCCAGCCCAGAAUCACCUGGAGCAGAACCUGGUGGCUUACCAAUAUGGCCACCAUGUGUAUUAUACAACAAUAAAGAAUGUAGAACCCAAACAGGAACUGAAGGUGUGGUAUGCUGCAUCCUAUGCUGAGUUUGUGAACCAGAAAAUUCAUGACAUUUCUGAGGAAGAAAGGAAAGUUCUUCGCGAGCAGGAGAAGAAUUGGCCCUGCUAUGAAUGUAACCGCCGAUUUAUAAGCUCGGAGCAGUUGCAGCAGCAUCUCAAUUCCCAUGAUGAAAAACUGGAUGUGUUUAGCAGAACAAGAGGCAGAGGAAGGGGACGAGGCAAGAGGCGAUUUGGCCCAGGUCGACGGCCAGGGCGCCCUCCAAAAUUUAUCCGCUUGGAAAUAACCAGCGAAAAUGGGGAAAAGUGUGAUGACACGACACAGGACUUGCUACAUUUUUCCACCAAGGAGCAGUUUGAUGAGGCUGAGCCAGCGACUCUGAAUGGGCUGGAUCAACCAGAGCAGACUGCUCUCCCCAUCCCACAGCUGCCACAGGACACCCAGCCUUCUCUGGAGCAUGAGCCAGAGACUCACAGCCUGCAUCUGCAGCCCCAGCAUGAGGAGAGCGCGCUGCCCGCCCAGAGCACUCUGACGGCCGAUGACAUGCGCAGAGCCAAGCGUAUCCGAAAUGCAGCUCUUCAGCAUCUGUUUAUCCGGAAGUCCUUCCGGCCUUUUAAGUGUUUGCAAUGUGGGAAGGCCUUCCGUGAAAAGGACAAACUGGACCAACAUUUGCGCUUCCACGGGCGGGAGGGGAACUGCCCGCUGACCUGUGAUCUCUGUAACAAGGGCUUCAUCAGCAGUGCGUCCUUGGAGAGCCACAUGAAGCUCCAUUCAGAUCAGAAGACUUAUUCUUGCAUUUUUUGCCCAGAAUCCUUUGACCGCCUUGAUUUGUUGAAGGAUCAUGUGGCCAUUCAUAUCAAUGAUGGCUGCUUCACCUGCCCAACCUGUAAGAAACGAUUCCCAGAUUUUAUCCAGGUGAAAAAACACGUGCGAAGCUUCCACUCGGAAAAGAUCUACCAGUGUACAGAGUGCGACAAGGCCUUCUGUCGUCCUGACAAACUGCGUCUCCACAUGCUCCGACAUUCGGACCGCAAAGAUUUCCUGUGUUCCACAUGUGGAAAGCAAUUCAAGCGAAAAGACAAACUACGGGAACAUAUGCAGAGGAUGCAUAAUCCUGAGAGAGAGGCCAAGAAAGCCGACCGCAUCAGCCGCUCCAAGACGUUCAAGCCUCGUAUCACGUCCACGGACUACGACAGCUUCACGUUCAAGUGCCGCCUGUGUAUGAUGGGCUUCCGGAGACGGGGCAUGCUGGUAAAUCACUUAUCAAAGAGGCACCCAGACAUGAAGAUAGAAGAGGUGCCAGAGUUAACUCUGCCCAUCAUAAAACCCAACCGCGAUUACUUUUGUCAGUAUUGUGAUAAGGUUUAUAAAAGUGCCAGCAAGCGAAAAGCCCAUAUUCUGAAGAACCAUCCAGGGGCUGAGCUCCCACCAAGCAUUCGCAAACUCCGUCCAGCUGGCCCUGGAGAACCAGACCCCAUGCUGAGCACCCACACCCAACUCACUGGCACGAUCGCCACGCCUCCCGUCUGCUGCCCUCACUGCUCCAAACAGUACAGCAGCAAGACCAAGAUGGUACAACACAUUCGAAAGAAGCAUCCAGAGUAUGCCCAGCUCCCUAACACCUUACAUACACCACUGACAACAGCCGUGAUCAGUGCUACCCCAGCUGUGUUAACCACAGACAGUGCCACUGGAGAGACUGUGGUGACAACAGACCUCCUGACCCAAGCCAUGACAGAGCUGUCCCAGACAUUAACAACAGAUUACCGGACGCCGCAAGGGGACUACCAGAGAAUUCAGUAUAUUCCUGUGUCACAGUCUACAUCUGGUCUUCAGCAACCGCAGCAUAUACAGCUGCAGGUGGUGCAAGUAGCUCCGGCCACAUCCCCUCACCAGUCUCAGCAGUCCACCGUGGAUGUUGGCCAGCUCCACGAUCCUCAGACCUAUGCCCAGCAUGCCAUCCAGGUGCAGCACAUCCAAGUCACAGAGCCCACUGCCCCUGCUUCAUCGUCAUCCCAGGUAUCUGGGCAGCCCUUGAGCCCUGCCUCCCAGCAGUCCCAGCAAGGGCUCAGUCCCUCCCAUAUACAAGGCAGUUCCUCCACACCCGGCCAGGCUCUCCAGCAGCAGCAGCAGGGCUCCUCUGUACAACACACCUACCUACCCAACGCUUGGAAUUCUUUCCGUGGCUACUCAUCAGAGAUUCAAAUGAUGACGCUUCCCCCAGGUCAGUUUGUGAUUACAGACAGCAGUGUGGCCACUCCUGUCACCACUGGCCAAGUGAAGGCAGUUACGCCGGGCCAUUAUGUGUUAUCAGAAGGUCAACCAGAAUUGGAGGAAAAGCAAGCUUCUGCUCUCUCUGCGGGAGUCCAGGUUCAGCCAGCCACACACGGUGACUUGGACCCCCAGACCACCAGCCAACAGCAGCCCACACAGUACAUCAUUACAGCCACCACCAACGGGAAUGGGAGCAGUGAAGUGCAUAUCACUAAACCUUAACUUCCACCCUGGAGCUAGAAUCCAGCAGUCACAUCAUGUCUUUUCUCAUUCAGAAGUCUGAAAGCUUCCAACAGUUGGAACUCUUUUUUAAGAUUUAUCAUUCACUCAAGAAUUUGGAAACCACAGUUUUGACACUGUACACACCCCAGGGCUUCUUUUAUCAAGGUCAUCUUUACCAAAAUGACUCUUCAAACCCUAGGAACUUCUGCCAUGGAAUGGAGACCUUUAAGCGGAAAGUGGAUUUCAAGGUGGAGAGACUUUGCCUUGCUCUUGAGUUGUUUUUUUUAAUACAUUGGUGGGCCUUACUUUUCCUUUGUGGAAAUAUUAAGUGGUGUAUCACGUUUGUACCAAAGGUGGAGAAAGGAUGUGCCAAGUUCAUGGCCACUGGACUUCUUAAUUCCGCGCCAUGGCACCAUAGGAGAGGGGCAUUUCAUUAGGUCAGAACUGCUUCAUCUUCUGAGUUUGCAUUUUCAGUAAUUUAACAAAGGGAGCCUAUUGAAUAUGAAAAUAAAAAUGAUGAAUAGGUUUGACAGUGAUGUUCUGAAGGAAAAAUUGUUGUCUAGAUUUUUCUUAUUGCUGAUCAAAACAAAACAAAACAAAACAAAACAAAACAAAACAAAAC